UCCCAUAGCAGUACCAACCCAUACCUGGCGCCCUCUGCUGCUCCCGGCACUCACCCAGAUCCUCCAACCAACCAACCAAAGUUCCUCCCAUACUACCCGUCCAGAAGUCUCAUCACCACUAACACCCCCCCAAAAAUCCCUUCCAGCGAAAUCUUCGCGUCGUGUCCUCUGCAUCCCAUAACAACACAACCCCAUACUUUCCAUCAUUUCUGAGCGAUUUUUUCCAUCUGGAUGACUUCGCUCAAUCCACUCCCCUUAAUUUUAGCGCGUUAAUCGGAUGCUGUGUUCCCCGAAAUAGACUCCAUGCUCCGUGACGAGCUUCUCCGGUCUAAGAAAGAUGAGAUCGCACGUUGUUUGUCGUCGCGGAAGCGCAAACUGAGCGAGCUCUACUUUGCGACCGUAGGCUUCGCGGGCGCGACCGAGAACGCUCCGGCGGACUCACUAUAUCACCAGAAGGAACAGGCGUUUCUCGACGCCAACGACCUUUCAAAAGGCCGUUAUUUCAAUGAAGCCACUCUUCCACCGUUACCGGAUUAUGCAUCCAUCCUAGCGCGCAGAGCCAAGGAACAAAAACGAUCGGAAGCUAAAGUAAACGAUGCUACGAUUGUCAUUCCGCCAUUGGGAGCCCAGAGUGCUGCUGCGCAGGCUACUGCGGAUGUUGAUGGGCGGCAGUCGAAGCCCCAGCAGGCUUUAGAACAGAAGCCUUCUGGUCCCAAACCCGAGCACUCAGCACCGAAGGCUUCUAACCAAGUUGCGCCUGCCAUUGUAUCUCAGGUGCCCCAAGGGCCUAAUGUGCUAAUUCCGGGGGUCGCGCACCCCUCUCAAUCUUUCGUUGCGGAAAAGAAGGUGCCUCUUUCCAAAUCAUACAACCACCAACCUUUCAAUAUCGGCAAUGCUCUGGAAGCUAGUGUAUCCGCAGCCCUGGCUCAUCCAACUCCUGCCGCCAGUGUUGCAUCACCUAGUACUCCAGGAUCAUCUGCACCAACAUCUGCAUCUGCGCUAGCAACGGCACCAAAGCAUCAUGAUGCUCGCUCUUUUAUCCCUCAGAGCCGGGCUGCCUAUGUCCCUGAACAGCCACUCUCUCCUGUUUCUUCUGUUGGCCCGUGUUCCAACCAUACACCAGUCCCAGUCACCGUAUCACCUGUUACUAGCCCUGCUGGGGAGAUGAUUGAUGCAUCGGACAAGGUCCCAACCCCCAAGGAUGACGAGACCAUCAAAGCACCACCUAGCUUGGUUCCUUCGACCCCCGACGAGCAACUUCGUCUGGAGGAGGCUCAAUCCCUUCAGCAGAAUGCUCUGGUAGCAGCCAAGACAAAUGGCGAUGGGGUUGAGGGAGGCGCUACUACAGGCGAAGUGAUUCAAGAGAAUGUUACCUCGACGCCGGCAACGGCCAAAGAAACAUCAAAAGAAGAAACCGAGCUGGAGCCUAUCCUUACGCCGCUGGAGCCGAAAAGACACGAUGGAGUGGCUGAGACUGCGGAUGAUCCCCAUCCCGUUAUUCAGCAACCCGUGCUUGCUCCUCAAACUGAGGCAGAUGCUAAGGUGCCUAUUGAGGCGGCCCCAGCCUUGAAGAAGCCCACGCCGCCAACCAUUCAAGCACCGCCGCCGCCCGAAAGAAUGACAACCAGGGUAUCUUCUGGAGCCAUCAGACAUAAAUCCGUUUCGGAGAUUCUUGGAGAAGUACCAAAAACACCCGUUUCUCAAUCGGACAAAGGGUUCGUCACCGAGAAGCCUGCGGAGACGGCGCGGGAUGUGUCCGCUGCCACUCCUGACUCUGCAGCACGGAUGCGGUUCAAAGAUCGAAAAGCACGAGAGAAAGAGAGGACCAAAUUGUCCACGGUUGUCUUUCCCAAGCAACAGCAGCAGCAACAUCAAACGCAGGAUAAAAACGAGUCUAUGGAGUUGGUUCGUCAACAUGCUGGUGACCUUGCCAAGCUAAAUGAGGAACAAGACUAUCUUUUUACCUUGUUCCAAAACAGAGCAUAUGCGCCUCCCCGAGGAACAAGUCUGAGUACACUUAUCGCGUCUGCCCACAAGACUUUAACUACAUCCAAUCACUUCCUUGAUUAUCAAGAGCAAAUGGACUGCCGUACCCUGCGUCGAAUCUAUUCUCUGCAGAAUGCGAACAGGUGGCCCUUGCGCCAGCUGAAGCGUUCAGUUGAACCACCCCGCGAGGGAACACAUUGGGACGUCCUUCUAAAUCAUAUGAAGUGGAUGCGCACCGAUUUUAGAGAAGAGAGGAAAUGGAAGAUCGCAGCUGCGAAAAGUUGUGCUGAUUGGUGUGCAGAGUACGUCAAUAGUGACCGAGAGCACCGGUCGCUACUGCGUGUCCAAGUCAAGGCUCCGGCAUUGAGGGCUGAGAAUGAGGCUGAAGCCAAAUCCAGCAUGAUCUCGCCACUACAGGAGACAGGGGAUGAGAUGUUGGCCGUGUCUCACCCUACACCAGAUCUUGUGCCUUCCACCGAGGAAGAUUCCGUCAGUGAAGGGUUCAAUGAUGAGCCCCGUCAUGAUCUGCACGACACAGUUGCCCCUGCUGCGAUCUUCUCCCUUGGCAUCGAUGAGUUCACAUUCUCAUUAGACAUGACACCGGCGGCUCAGAAACUUCUCGAUGAGCUGCCGACGUAUAUCCCAGUCACUAUUACUCCGGACACGGACCUACCAGCAUUCAAAGAACCCCCUGACUCUGAAUGGAAAACCGAAAUUCUGCCUGUUUCGAAGUACGCGUCAGGCAAGAUCACCUUCCACGACGAUGAACCUCCUCCAAAACGUAGCCGCUACGACUAUUCGCAGUACCAAUCCGACCCCGAACAAGCCGUACUGGAUCUGCCACCCGAGCAAACCAACGUUGCCCUUUUCCGACCAGAAAACAGACAUAUACGUGAUAGGAUCCACCCUGGCCAUUCAUUCCGGCCGCCAACUGAACAUCCAAUGCCUUCUGUUGGAUUCUUUGAAUCCAGGCAAUCAUCUCAGUGGACGUAUGCAGAAGACGAUGAGUUACGACGCCUGGUGAAGGAUUACUCGUAUAAUUGGUCCUUGAUAUCCAACUGUCUCACCCCAUCAUCGCAGUUCACUUCAGGGGCGGAGAGGCGGACGCCCUGGGAAUGUUUUGAGCGCUGGGUUGGUUUGGAGGGGCUACCUGCCGACAUGUCUAAGACACAAUAUUUUCGUGCCUAUCACCAACGGCUUGAGACUGCACAGCGUACUGUGCUGGCUCAACAACAAGCUGCCCAGCAGCAACAGCAACAGCAACAGCAACAGCAAUCCAAUAACAACAGCAACCCACAAUCACUACCCCCUGUUCGAAGGAGGACCACGCAGCCCCUCAGGGUAGACCGGAAAAGAUCCUCUAAGCACCUUGCAUUGCUUGAUGCUAUGCGUAAACUGGCCAAGAAGCGGGAAACGAUGUUGCAAAAGCAACAACACGCCUCGCACUUGGCAUCAUUGCGGAAGGUCAAUGAAGCGAACCAACCAAAGCCUCCCAUUUCAUCGCCCGCUGAAUUUAGUCGGCUCAAGUAUGAGCGUGAGUUGAAGCUUCAGGAGAGGCAAGAGCAGUACCGACAGCAAAUGAUUGCCCAGCAAAGAGCGAACCUAGUGGUUCAACGUACUGGCCAAAUACCUAACCAGCAGCCGAUCAUGAACGCUCCCGGACGGACCCCUGGUGCUAUGCCUCAUAACCCAGGAACUUCGGCUAUGACCGGCAACACUACGAAUGGGCUGCCCAAUGGGGUGCCACCUGCAGUCGGUGCAAACCAAGCGCGACCUCACAUGCAGGGCAUGCCCAAUGGCACUCCUGUGAACCCACCCACACCACAGAACACAAUGGCUAUGAAGAUGAUGCCACAGUCCGGCAUGCAACAGAAUAAUGGCGCUCGCCCCGGAAUGCCCAUGCAGACACCGCCAGAUAAUACGCGGGUCAUCCGGGAGGCAAAUCGGCUUCAAGAGCAGCAGCGGAUCCUACAGACCCGGCAGCAACAGCCACACCAGCAGCCUCUGGGUCAGUCGCAACACCCGCAACAGCAAUUCCACAAUCAGCCGCAGUUUGUGCCUCAGGGAUCCCACUCUCCCAACCCCAAUAUUCCCAACGUCAACGGCACUCCGAAUAACCCUGCGAUGAUGGCGGCACUCCAGGCUGGAGGAGGAAUGCAAAGCCCGUCCUUCCAUAACGCCACCCCUCAGGGGGUCUCGACGCCUUCUCCUCGCAUGGGCCAACCCAACCUGUUAUCUGGUGGUGUCGUUCCAACUAUUAGCAGCAUCCAGAAUCAGAUCCAGCGGAACAACCCUACGAUGCCCCCGGAACAAGUCAGUAAACUCGCCACGGACAGGUUACACCAAUACCAGCAGCAGCGCAUGUCUCAAGUUGCCAUGAGCGCCGCUGCUGGCAACAUUGGCAGUGUGCAGGCCAACUAUCAGGUCGAUGCCAGCUUCCAGUCCCCUCAGCCCAGUUUGAACGGUGGGGCAGGGAUGCAGGUACCUCAGGCCCAAGGUUACUCCCCAAUGAUGCGUGUUCCCCAACCCGCUCAGCAAAACCGUGUUGGUGUAGGGGGCUCCCCUGCCAUGAAUGGAGCGAUUUCUCAGCCGAGCCGGAGCGUGACCCCGCAGACCCAGCGCAGUGGCAGUGCCCAGGCUGGCGCAGUGGCCGGGACGAGCAAGAGUCCCAACCCUCCGCAAGCUCAGCCGGUGACGAACUGAUGCAUCCAAUUCACCUUCUCUUCUUCGCCUGUAAAUAUUCUUCCACCCACUUUAUCACCUUUUAUUCAUCCCCCUUACUUUGAGCGCCCAUCGUUUUAGCCGGAGGCGUGGAAGUAUGCUACUUGACCCUCCGACCCUACCUUUAUCCUCUGGUUCAUCACCUACCUCUUAUCCUACCCUCCUCCCCUUUCACCUCCUAUGACCUUUCUCUAUAUUCAGCGGUUUCCCGAUCUCACCUGUUCCACCAGCACUCUAGCGGUGGUUGAAUGCACAGACAGCUUCCGAUCCCCGGCAUCCCGGGGCUUUCCAUUUCAAUUUCCAAUUUUGUACUACAUGUAUUGAUAGGGCGGAUACAAAAGGUCAGGAAGUACUUGGAACUUCAGUUGGAAUGGAUGCAUUAGAGCAAAAGAGAAACUAAUGACUACGACUGUACGAUAACUAUCGGUUCAAUCAAUUCUCGAUACACAAG